GAGGUUGGACCGGUGUCCUGGUCCACUGUUCGCCAGGUGGUGGCGGUAAUGUGCCGCUGUCUGUUCGCCCUCCGCCAAUAAAAACAAGGAAGAAGACGCAGCGGUCGCACAUGUGGUCUCGGCGAGCGUCAGCAGCAGACGAGAGAAACGAUCAUCUCAGUGGAAAUUUCGGCUUAAGACCUUACAACAGUUAAUAUGAGACCAGGCUUUAGUCCACGUGGGGACCGAGGCGGACGAGGUGGAGGCAGAGGAGGAUUCGGUGGACGCGGAGGCUUCAGAGGAGGCAGAGGUGGAGGCUUCAAGUCACCGGACAGUGGUGGAUUUCGAGGCAGAGGGGGUGGCAGAGGUACACCACGAGGCAGAGGUACCCCACGAGGCAGAGGGGGGAGGGGAGGCUUUGGAGGAGGGAGAAAAGUCUUGGUUGAACCCCACAGACAUGAAGGUGUGUUCAUUUGCAGAGGGAAGGAGGAUGCUCUGGUAACAAAGAACAUGGUAGUGGGAGAGUCUGUGUAUGGAGAAAAGAGGAUCAGUGUCGAGGAAGGAGAGACAAAGAUUGAAUACAGAGCCUGGAACCCAUUCCGUUCUAAGCUGGCAGCAGCCAUCUUGGGAGGAGUAGACCAGAUUCACAUCAAGCCUGGUGCCAAGGUUAUGUACCUGGGAGCUGCCUCUGGCACCACAGUGUCACAUGUUUCUGACAUUGUAGGACCAGAGGGCUUGGUCUACGCUGUGGAGUUCUCUCAUCGCUCAGGCCGUGACCUCCUCAACGUGGCUAAGAAACGUACAAACAUCAUUCCUAUCAUUGAAGAUGCUCGCCACCCCCACAAAUAUCGCAUGCUGGUUGGCAUGGUGGAUGUCAUUUUUGCUGAUGUUGCCCAACCUGAUCAAACACGAAUUGUAGCUUUGAAUGCUCACAACUUUCUGAAGAAUGGGGGACAUUUUGUUAUCUCAAUUAAGGCUAACUGCAUAGACUCAACAGCAGCUCCUGAAGCAGUGUUUGCCUCUGAAGUGAAAAAGAUGAGUUCUGAGAACAUGAAACCACAGGAGCAGCUCACCCUUGAACCCUACGAAAGAGACCAUGCUGUGGUGGUGGGCAUCUACAGGCCUCCACCCAAACAGAAGAAAUGAUUUGGAAGAUGACAUAGGGACUGUCCCCUACCCCAACCACCACCUAUAGAGGCUGCCUGUUUGAAGAGGGGGACAUGUAUAAAAUGAAACUAAUUUAGUUUAUUACCUGACGUUGAGGUAGCCAUUAAAGCCACUGUAAAUGUCUCAGGCAGGCUACACUUAUGCAGAAGGAAAGGCAGGGAUGUCAUAAAGAAAAUGACAGUUAUUGUGUUAAAUAUGAUGACUUCAAGUGAGUCCCCAGCUCUAAGUUUACCAGCUGUUGCCCAAUGAACAAGAUACUUUCUGCUCUGCCUUAAACAUUUGCACAGAAACUGAUACUUUCCUAAAAGACAUGGUUGGGGCUGUUUAAAUCUUUGCUCAGAAAACAGAUUAUGUUCCAGGAAUUUAUACAACAAAGUGUCCAGAAAACCAUUUUACAGUAGGUUGUCAGAGGGGAUACUUAGUUGUUGUAGUGCCUAAAGUGUUUGUUCCGAUCUUAAUGAUACUUGUGUACCUUUUUGUGCUAACCCUCUAUAUAUAUGAAGCAUACUGGCAACUUUGGUUUAAUAAAAUGCUUUUCAUUUUU